UCAUCGAUGUUGAUUAAUGAUCCAGCCUUUGGUUGGUUGAAGAAUUUAGGAUUGCAAUCAGAAAAUCUUGGUGUCUUUAACGGAACAUGGAGUGCAAGUGGUCAGACAGUAACAUCGUAUACUCCAAUCGAUGGAAGACCGAUUGCAUCGGUUAAAGAGGGCACUGUUGAAGAUUACAAUAAAACCGUGGAAGAAGCUAAAGCUGCAUGGAAGACCUGGGCUGAUGUACCUGCACCCCAUCGUGGAGAAAUAGUUCGACAAAUUGGACAUGCUUUACGUGAGAAAUUAGAAGAUUUAGGAAAAUUGGUAUCACUGGAAAUGGGAAAAAUUAUUCCUGAAGGUAUAGGCGAAGUUCAGGAAUAUAUCGAUAUUUGCGAUUAUGCUGUUGGGUUAUCACGAAUGUUUGAUGGGAAAGUAUUUCCUAGUGAAAGACCUGGCCAUGUAUUGAUUGAACAAUGGAAUCCUUUGGGUUUAGUUGGUGUCAUAACUGCAUUCAACUUUCCAGUUGCCGUUUAUGGAUGGAAUAGCUCUAUUGCCAUGGCAUGUGGAAAUUGUGUAUUAUGGAAAGGAGCACCUACGACUCCCUUGACCAGUGUUGCUGUUACCAAGAUAAUAUCUUCGGUAUUGGAAGCCAACAACUUACCUGGGGCUAUAUGCUCUUUAGUUCAAGGAGGAAGUGACGUAGGUAAUGCAAUGGCAAAUGAUAAAAACAUGGAUCUUGUCUCCUUUACAGGAAGUACACCGGUUGGAAAGAAGGUAGCUCUGGCAGUCCAAGAACGCUUUGGACGUAAACUAUUGGAGUUGGGCGGUAACAAUGCAAUUAUUGUAACCGAAGACGCAGAUGUAAACAUGGUUGUACCAGCUGUCCUCUUUGCCAGUGUUGGAACGGCUGGACAACGAUGUACUACAACUAGGCGAUUGUUUCUACCGGAAUCGAUGCAUGAUUCCGUUGUUGAAAGAUUAAAGAAAGCUUAUUCUCAAGUAAAGAUUGGCAAUCCUUUAGAAGCUGGAGUGUUAUGCGGGCCUGUCCAUAGUAAGGCCAGUAUAGAGCUGUUUAAGAAUACAGUCGUUUCCGCUGCUGCUGAGGGUGGCACAAUAGAGUGCGGUGGUGAUGUCAUAGACCGCCCCGGCAAUUACGUGCAACCAACAAUUGUAACUGGUUUACAACAUGACGCAAAAGUUGUGCACCGAGAAUCAUUCGUACCUGUUCUGUAUGUCAUCAAAUAUAAGAAUUUAGAGGAUGCAAUAGCCUGGAAUAACGAAGUAGAGCAAGGUCUUUCUAGCAGCAUAUUUACUGGAAAUCUAAGCAAUGUUUUUAAUUGGAUCGGACCCAAAGGUUCGGACUGUGGAAUUGUGAAUGUCAAUAUUCCUACAAGUGGAGCUGAAAUUGGCGGUGCCUUUGGUGGAGAGAAGGCCACUGGAGGCGGAAGAGAAUCUGGUAGCGAUGCCUGGAAGCAAUACAUGCGCCGAUCUACCUGCACCAUUAAUUACAGCAAGGAUUUGCCCUUAUCGCAAGGGAUUAAGUUUGAGUAGGGCUAGUUUGAAAAUACUGUUACGAUAUUGGUUUACCGAUUUUCGUAUCAGCUUACUUCAUAUUCGUCUUUUAUAAAUAUCAUAUCAGCUUCGUGAUGACAUAAAAUUAGCCUUAAAGACUACUAAUAUAUAAUCUGCU